CUAAAAAAUAAAAGACACGCUCUGUGCAAUGAAACGCACGGAAAAGAAAAGGGUGCCUGCCAAGAGCGCCCCGCAGCGGCCUAAAUGGAACGCGCCCCGCUCGGUGCGGCAGAGAGGACCAGGUGCGUGCCGGGCGUGGCCGGUUGCUGGAUGCUAUAAAGCCAACGCCCGCCAUUGUUACGAAAAACACAGUGCCGCACGCUAUUCUCCAUAACAUACUCGUAUGAAUGGAUGCGAUAUUCAACAUACUGCAGCAGUUCAGGCUGGAAUCCUCCCACAGCCAGUUCAUGCUGUUGGGCGUGAAGGAUGUAGAAGAUUUCCUGGAUUGCAUAACGGAUAAAGAUCUGGACAACAUCGGUUUAACUCAUGUGGAGAAGAAUCGUUUUUCGUCCAUGAAAAACUUCAUUCAAAGACUAAAGACUAUGGAGCCACAAGUUCAACCGGUGAUGCCUGUGCAAAGGUGGUUGUUUACUCUGCAGUACACAUACCCCAAAUGUCCUCAGCCUGUGCACAUUAAAGAUAUGGAUCCGGCCAUAAACACGGUUGAGGAUCUGAUGUUGACGAUUUGCCAUCUUGAAAGUGUUGGUAACUCCAAAGGAGUCUGUCUCUACGCAGUCGAUGGGAUGCCCCUAACCGAUGAUCCCUUCUUCAACACGUGGUCUCUAAAAGACAGACAUAUUGAAAAUGGAGCCGUAAUUUACGCCAUAUUUACGCCAAAGGAAAACGUGAAACGGGCUCCUCAGAUACCGAAACGAGAGGUUGGAGAACCCAACGGUGACGAUGUGGUUCGGUGCCACGUCAUGCUCAAGGGAGACUUUGAGGUGACUGUAAACUUGGCAAGUGACACCAUCACCAGUCUGAGACUCAAGCUGGCAAACCAAAGUGGAGUCCCAACACAUGUCCUUCACUACAAAGGUCAACACUGUGGCGGUGACACGCUGCAGCACUGUGGGAUCUCUGAAGGGUCAACGGUGAACUUCUCCUUGUCCACCUUUUCUGACGAGACUUCACACGAUGAGACGUUCUUCAUUAACGAUUGUGUGCCGUCAGUCCAGCAAACCCAGAAGGGAAUCAGUGUGUUCUUGUCCUCACUUUAUGCGAUGAGAAAACAUUAUGCAACAGAGCAACUGAAGAAACUGAUUUCCUACAUAAGAAAACUGACUGGAUGCAACCCUCUCGCCCAAAGUUUGCAUCAGUUACUCUGUAGGAAUGAAAAGUUAACCAGGAAUCAGAAGAUUGCAGUCUUUGAGGGCUUGUACGUCCUCUUUCGAGAGCUUCUGCCUCAGCGUGCAGCACAACGGGGGGAGAAGAUCAUUGAGGACCUGGAUGUCUUUGAGAAUGCGCUGUACUGCUGGGCUCAUCUCCUGUCGGAAGCAAAGAACCAGGACGCGGACCAGGAGAGCUACGCGCCGGUCACUCUCACGGCUGAGGACGGCAGCCGCUUCUCUGAACCCGUCCGUGUACCCGGAGUACCUGGAGCCUUCGAACGGGCGUACGUGCUCCAGAAAAUCAAAGAUGGGGAGAAAAUUCCCAAUUGCAUUGAAGAUGUUUUGCAAGAAACGUCACUACGGAGAGACAAUGACAUCGAAAGGCUCCUUCUCAGUUUGCCUCCAUUCAUCAGAACUUACCCUCUUUGGAUUGCCAAAGACAAGACAACCGGUCAAAACUUUCAGAUCAAGAUGGAGAAGACUUUUGGAAGUAUGAUGGAAGAAUUAAAGUCUCCGUACAAUCAAAACCUGAAUGUGACCCCUCCUCUACACUUGAAGGAGCUUGGACAGUGUGUGGCGCGUCUCGUUCUUCUCAGUGAAGACAACAUUGGCGUAUGUUUGCAUAAAGAAAAAGGAUCCCCAGAUAUGAUCAGAGUGCUUGAUUGUUUGGAGGGCGAAAACAAACUAGUGGAUGUGAAUGUGUUGGCAGCCAGGACUGGUGACCACAGAGACGACCGAACAUUUGUCACAACCAGGACCCCAAAAGAGGCGAUACUGGUGCUGAUAGACACGAGCUCUUCCAUGGAAGAGGAGUGCUAUGGGGGUUCAGACAUAAAGAAGAUCAACGCGGUGAAAGAGCUCUUUGACAACUUUGCCACCAGGACCAUGGCUUAUGAUUUUUGUCAUGUCAUCGGCCUUGUGACGUUUGACUCCAUGGUGAAAAUUCUCCACACUUUUACGGAAAAUCUGGAAAAGUUCAAGGAACACAUGCGCAACGUCGAGGCAAGCGGUUGCACUCUGCUGUACGACGCCCUGCGGCGUGCGGCGUUGGAGUUGGAAAAGGUGCAGACGAGGUUCCCAGAUUGCCGACUUCGCAUAAUGUGUCUCACUGAUGGAAAUGAUUCUGGAUCCUCCGUCGAGCCGGACGCGGUUACAGUCAAGCUGCUUAACUCCAACAUCGUCGUGGACUCGAUCGUCCUGGGGAACGUGGAGAACAACACGCUGCAUGGGAUCAGCAACGCAACAGGUGGUUGCUGCUUCAAACCGCAGACGACCAAAGACGGUCUCAAGCUCUUUGAGAUGGAGACAGUUCUGUCUUUGGAGCAGCGGAAACUCAAGGAAGCACUCGACCCGUCUUCGGUCCUUCAGAGUAGUUUGUCGGGCAUCUUCAGGACUCAAGGGUACGAUGAAUGCCCAGAGACGUCCAUGCCGAGCCAGAUAAACGGCAAAGUGGUGGCGACAGCGAGUGCGCUGAAAAAGAACACCCGGCGGUCGCGGCGGUGGGCUGCGGAGAACGACAAGCGUGUCCUGCAGGAGCUGAAGAUGCUGCACUGUAACCCGCAUCCCUUCUUUAGGGUCUUUCCAUCCGAGUCCGACUUAAAGUUCUGGAGGAUUCUCAUGCAGGGCCCUCCUGACACUCCGUAUAAGAGAGGCGUGUUUGAGCUGUACUCUCAGUUUGGUCCCGACUACCCGGCCAAGCCUCCGGUCGUCCGAUUCGUCACACGAGUGUACCACUGCAACGUCAACAGCGUGGGACGCAUCUGCCACAACAUCUUUGACCGCAACUACAAUGCCCACAUCACCAUGAGAGAGAUCCUGGAAGCUGUGUACGGACUGCUCAUCAUCCCGGAGCCCGAUGACCCACUGGACAGCAUCCUGGCUGAAGAAUUCCUAACGAGCCGAGAGACGUAUGAACGAGAAGCAGAGAGACAUACGGAGGAAACUGCAGGAAAGUCACUGGACGAUAUAGAGAAAACCUUGGUGGGGCCGGUGCCACAGUUUAUUCCCCGUCACCUGAUCUGUCCGCUCACCAAGAAGAUGUUUGUGGAUCCUGUGAGAACGGUGUAUGGUACUGUGUACGAACGCAAAGCCAUCGAGGAGCACCUCAAACAACACCAGUACGAUCCGACCGCCGGCCCCGGACAUGAGCUGGAAAUGACGGACAUCACAGCAGACCAGGACAUGAAGAAAAUGGUGACGGAUCAUCGCUCUCUUCAAAUUCAGUUGGACGUUAAUGAUGAGUAGUUUAACAAUCAUGGAAGUCAACCAGCCACCCUUAAUCUUUUUAUCACUGCAUGUUCUUUUGUGAUUUAUAUAUGCAUGUUAUUUGAUCUGUCAGUUAAUCUCACUUCUUUCUUGAACACAAGUUUUAUGUGACAGGCAUUUAUUUGUUUUCUCUGUUGGGAUGUUUGUGUUAUGAGUUCAUUGUUAUCUAACUUGAUUUUUCAAUAAUCGUUUGCAUGCUGUGCUAUUUUAGCUUUUAAAUUAUGUUCUAAAUUUGUUUUAAUAAUCAAAGUGCAUUGUGUGUUGUAUUGGCAAGAGAAAAAAAGAUUGAGUAGUGGAUGUAGCAUUUCUUUUUUUUGACGUCGCAAAACACAAGAAUGCUCCAAGUUAUCGCUGCUGAAGUUUAUUAAUCCCACAUAACAGUGCUGUGCCGGCACACCAUCGCUUCAUUGUUGUGAGCGAAGGGCGAACAAAAGACUAAUGUUCUGUCAAUAAAAUGAUUCUCUGCAAGAAUUCUUGUCAACCAAA